CAUUGUGGAAGUGCUCUAGUCCCAUGGGGCCUCAGCCGGCUGCCCAUCCAGCAUCCAACCUCAUGCUUCCCAGCUCACAUACCACAGCAAAACCAUGCAACUAGAAAGGCUGCCGUUCUGUGCGAUCCGGCCAAAAAAAGGUGACGAGGGCCUUGUGUUUGCGAAUCAACCGGUGACACACACCAUAAUCCUGCUACUGGCCUUGCUGCUCAUUUGUGAUGGACUUGGCACUGCCCACUGCUCGGCAGCCCCUGGUAACAGCACCGACAUGCUCCAGUUGCUAGAUUUCAAGAGAGCCAUCACCAACGAUCCAAGGCAAGCCUUGAGCUCUUGGAACGCCAGCGUCCCCCAUUGCAAGUGGGAGGGCGUCAAAUGCAGCCUCAAGGACCCGGGGCGAGUUAUUGCGCUAAACCUCGCCAAGAGAGGGCUUAUACCCACGACAUCGGGUCUGAUCUUCCCGUCCCUCGGGAACCUGACGUUCCUUGAGACACUGGAUCUAUCCGCAAAUAGCUUCACCGGCGAGUUACCACCUCUCGACAAUCUCCACAGAUUGCAACACCUAUUGCUGAGUGAAAACUCUCUGAAAGGGAUAAUUCUAGAUACCCUUGCCAAUUGUUCCAAUCUACAGACAUUAGACCUAUCGUUUAACUUGCUGAUAGGUGAAAUUCCCCUCAAUAUAGGCUUUCUUUCCAGUUUAUCCGAAUUACAGCUUGCCAAAAAUAAUCUCACCGGAACGAUCCCACCAAGCCUGAAAAACAUUAGCCAGUUGGAAGUAAUCAAUCUUGCUGAUAAUCAACUCAUGGGUAGCAUUCCUAAUGAGAUAGGGCAAUUUCCGGAUCUGACAGCUUUGUUACUUGGUGGUAAUAUCCUAUCAGGUCGAAUCCCAGCAACCUUGUUUAACCAGUCUUAUCUACAAAUUUUAGACGUAGGUAUCAAUAUGAUAGGGAACACAUUGCCAUGUAAUUUUGGUGAUACCCUCCCGAGUCUCACAUGGCUCGCAUUGGACUAUAACAAGUUUGACGGCCAUAUCCCAGCUUCGCUAGGUAAUAUUUCAGGGCUAUCAACUUUGGAACUAUCAUCCAACAAAUUGACAGGUCAAGUUCCAAGUUCUCUUGGUAGGCUUGGAAUGUUGAACUAUCUAAACCUUCAGAAAAAUAAACUUGAAGCAAAGGACAUCCAAAGCUGGGAAUUCAUAGAUGCACUGAGCAAUUACACAUCUCUGCAAGUUCUUGCACUAGGUCAAAAUCAGUUACAAGGAGCUAUACCAAGUUCUAUUGGCAAGCUGUCAAGCAAACUUCAAGUACUAGGGUUAGAUAGAAACGACUUGUCAGGGACAGUACCCACUAACAUGGGGAAUCUUAAUGGCUUAACAGUACUUGACUUACGUAGAAACAAGCUCAACGGUUCCAUUGAAGGAUGGGUUGGAAAACUGAAAAAUCUAGCAGUUUUAGCUCUUGAUGAGAAUAACUUCACUGGCCCAAUACCAAACUCUAUCGGUAAUCUUACUAAAUUGAUAAAGAUAUAUCUAGCAAACAAUAAGUUUGAAGGUCCGAUACCCUCCAGUAUGGGAAACUGUAGCAUGCUCAUAAGGUUGAACCUCAGUUAUAACAAUCUACAGGGUAACAUUCCUAGGGAGAUAUUCCACACUGGCUCCAAACUGACUGGAUGUGCAUUAUCCUACAAUAGCUUACAAGGAACAAUACCUACAGAGUUCAGUAAUCUUAGGCAGCUAGUUGAGCUGCAUCUUUCAUCCAACAAACUUUCUGGGGAAAUUCGUAGUGCUUUAGGUGAGUGUCAAGAGCUACAGAUCAUCCAAAUGGAUCAGAAUAUUCUCACAGGGGGUAUUCCGGAGUCUCUGAGCAAUCUGAAGAGCUUGCUGGUGCUCAACUUCUCACAUAACAGUUUGUCCGGAUCCAUUCCGACGUCAAGUGACCUGAAAUAUCUGAACAAGCUAGACCUGUCUUACAACCAUAUUCAUGGAGAAGUACCAAGAAACGGGGUAUUUGAAAAUGUCACGGCUGUUUCUCUCAAUGGGAAUUCGGGACUUUGUGGUGGAGCAGCGGAUCUUUGUAUGCCGCCUUGUUCUACUAUUUCUCAGAGAAGAAAAAGAAUGUACUACUUGGUCAGAGUACUUAUCCCUUUGGUUGGCUUCACCUCACUCGUAUUGUUAAUUUACUUUGUAUUCUUGGAGAGCAAGACGCCAAGAAGAACAUACUUACUGUUGCUUUCCUUUGGCAAGCAUUUUCCUAGAGUUACCUACAGGGAUCUAGCUCAAGCUACACAGAGCUUUUCUGAGUCAAACCUGGUUGGGAGAGGAAGCUACGGUUCAGUAUACAGAGGAAAGUUAACUCAAGCAAAAAUACAAGUGGCUAUUAAAGUUUUUGACCUAGAUGUCAGAUACGCAGACAAAAGUUUCAUAUCAGAAUGUGAGGUUUUGAGAAGUAUUCGACAUCGAAAUCUUGUUUCUAUCCUAACAGCAUGUUCAACAAUAGAUAAUGAUGGUAAUGCUUUCAAAGCUCUAAUUUAUGAGUUCAUGCCAAACGGGAAUUUGGACACAUGGUUACACACAAAAUCUGCUGGUGAAGUUCCAAGGAUUUUGAGCUUGGGGCAAAGAAUAAGCAUCGCGGUUAAUAUCGCUGAUGCACUGGCCUACUUGCACCAUGAUAUCACAAGAUCCAUUGUCCAUUGCGAUCUCAAACCCAGCAAUAUCCUCCUAGACACUGAUAUGAAUGCAUAUUUGGGUGACUUUGACGUUGCAAACCUCGUCCGUAAUUCAAAGUCAGCAUCAGUUGGGCAUUCAAGUUCAGCAUCAACUUCAGAUAGCUCAAUUGGAUUGAAGGGAACUAUAGGAUAUAUUGCUCCAGAGUAUGCUCAAACUGGACAAGCAUCAACCUAUGGGGACGCUUACAGUUUUGGAAUAGUUCUUCUAGAGAUGCUGAUAGGUAAAAGACCAACAGACCCUAUGUUUGACAAUGAACUCAACAUUGUCAAUUUCGUGGAGAGGAACUCUCCAGACCAGAUACUGCAUAUCAUUGAUGAUCAUCUCCAAGAAGAGUGCAAGGGAUUCAUUCAUGCAACAGCGGAAGCAGGGAACAUGGUAUAUCAGUGCUUGGUGUCCCUUGUUCAAGUAGCUCUCUCUUGCACGCGUCGGUUCCCAAGAGAGCGAAUGAACAUGCGAGGAGUAGCCAUGAAGUUGCAGGUGGCCAGAACAUCGUAUAUAUGUUGGAGCAAACAUGCCACGCUAGAGUGA